GAUGCCUCGUGCGUCGAUACGCCUACUGGCGUGGGCACUGGGAGCGGGGACGGCGAGGCGGGAUCGAGGGCGUACCUGCGGUAUCCGAGCCUUCAUGCUCGUCUUUUCUGCUCGUCCCGCGCCCUUCCCCCUCUUAUCUCUUCCUGCCUUUCUCCCCUUCCUCCUUCUGCAUCUCUCUCGCGGCGUUCUCGGUGGUCUGAGCAGUGUUGUUGCUCGGCGCUGGGCUUGCACACGGGUCGUGCACGUCCGGAGCCGCGCGGCCUUGUUGCGUGUCGCCAGAGCCGCGGGAGCUGAAGAGACGUCGCCAGAUACGAGAGAGGAGGUGAGAGGGUCGAGUGGAGGUCCCCGGGUGGCUUUUGAGGCCCGGGAGAGGAAGGAUGCACCGGUCUUGUACCGCGCGCAGAGGGGUUGUCAGGUGCUCCUAACUAAGCUGGCGGCAGUUCAGGAUUGUC